UUAAAACUAGCAUUUCAGUGCAGUUUUCAUCCCAGCUGGUUUACUAUGGGAGCCUAUCAUCUGGAGUUUUAUUUUUGUUUUCUAUGUACGUAUAUAUUUUGCUUUUGAUGCUAUGGUAUUUUGAUUAGCCAUUACUGACUUUUCCUUUUUGUCUGAUGUUAAAGAUGCCCUCAAAGAAAUAGAUUAAGAAAAGUGUAAUGAUAUGUAAUGCUGUUUAGUAUAAACUAUGAUACUUUGUAGCAUUGAUACUGUGGCAUAAUAGCAUUUUGUACUGUGGAUUUUUAUCAGUUGUAACUGACCAAAAAGAAAGCUUUGAUCUCUAGCACUGAACUCUAAUAUCAGAUAAAAACUUGAAGUUCAAUUCUAUAUAUGUUUAUUGUGUAAUAAUUUAUAUUGUAUACAUUGGAACUUCACAAUUCAUGCUGUGCCACAAAGAAAUUAAGUGUACAGUUCAUUGCAUGCAUAUAUUGAAUUGAUAAAUAUGUGGACGUGUUAUUGUUUCUUCUUUAGUAACUUUAAAACCAUAUGGAACAUUCAAUUGAUAAGUCACUUGGUUUUUUUCUUCCUUUUUUAAAAUAGUUUAUUUCUUCCAAAAUGGCUUGUUCCAGAACUUGCUCAGGGGAAAAUGGAGAACAGGCCACUUCACAGAAUAACAGUGGUGAUAAUGAGAGGCAAUGGCAGCAGGAACGCCUCAACAGAGAGGAAGCUUAUUAUCAAUUCAUUAAUGCACUUAGUGAUGAAGACUACAGGUUAAUGAGGGAUCGUAACCUACUUGGGACUCCAGGGGAAAUAACAGCAGAUGAGCUACAGCAACGUUUGCAAAGUGCAAAGGAAAAUCAGUCAUCCCAGUCUGAGCCAGAAAAUAGAGAAUGGGAAGAUUCAGAGGCGCUUGGGGAAAACAUAACCAGCAACUCUUUGCUUGAGUGGCUGAACACAUUUCAUCAUACAGGAAAUUCCACACAUAGUGGCCAGAGUGGAAACCAGAGUUGGAGAGCUGUAAGCCAGGCAAACCCAAGUAGUGGAGAAUUCCGAUUUAGUCUUGAAAUAAAUAUAAACCACGAACAGAACAAUGAUACUACUCCCGGGGAACAACUGAAUGAGUUCUUACAUGGCCAUUCCAGUAGAAUGCAUAUGGAAAAUAGACCUGUAAUUGCAAAUAGCCCAGUAGCCAGCCGAACUAGGAGCAGGACAUUAGCUAAUUCUGUUGGCCAUGGAUUUGUCUCAUCAGGAAUUGGAAACACUAGUGGUUUGCUGACUCAGAAUGCUGAAGAAAAUUCUCGAUUCUUCUCUGGUAGACUUGGAGCUAGAAGUUCAGCAAGUUCAACACCUAACAGCCUUUUAGACGACAAUGAACACAACAUCAUUAGGCAGAGGAGAACACAAAGAGUGACUCCAGUAAGAUAUCACAGAGGGAGAGCAAGAACUCGAAGAAAUUCAAGGCAAAGGACGGAAGUUUUAAGAUUAAGAUCAACUUUUAGAGGCCAAUUCCAAUCUCUAUUGGAAAAUGGGCAACCAGUCAAUAUACAACAAAUGCAUGCGGGAGCUAAUAGGGCACACACAACCCAGCCUUCUCCAGAACAAACGGAGGAACAAGCAUCAUCGCUCGGUAUAACUUUGGAAGAGGAAGAAUCAGUAAGAGAUGUAGCUGCAUCUAGAAGGCAUCCUAGUAUUACAUUAGAUCUUCAGGUGAGGAGAAUUCGUUCCAGAGAAAAUAGAGAUCGUGACAGUAUUGCUUCUAGAACUCGUUCGAGAGCAGGCACGGCAGACAACUUGGUGACUCUCGAAAGUGAUAACGAAGGAUUUAUUCAGAAUGUUUCACGAUCUGAAUAUGCAGGAGUACGGACAUACGUUAACACUAUACGGAUACCUCUUCAUAGGGCAUCAGAUUCUGGACUUGGUGAGUCUUCAUCAGUGGCUGUCAGAUCAAUUUUAAGGCAAAUUAUGACUGGAUUUGGAGAGCUAAGCUCUUUAAUGGAUACAGAAACAGGUUCUGAAGCUGAGAGGAAUAGUCAGCACUUGUCAGAAGUACAGCCCCCAGUGCCUAACUUAGAAACUUUAAAUAAUACUGAUGUAUUUAAUGCAACUUUGCCUAGGGAUAGAUUAACUGAACAAGAUAGCAGGCAGGGAGAAACAAAUUCUAUCCAACACCAUCAAAAUAAUAAUACCCCAAAUAGCAGAGCUGCUUCAUUUGUUGAAAAUGGAACACUUCCCAUCCUUCGCCUUGUACCUUAUCUUUUAUUAGAAGAAGAUUCCAGUGACAACUUGAGAGGGUUGACCAAAGACCAGAUUGAUAAUCUUUCUACCCGGAAUUAUGAGAUUCCCCAUUCAGAAGAUGAUGAAAUAAGUAAGACGUGCAGCGUCUGCAUUAAUGAAUAUGUUGUAGGAAACAAGCUAAGGCAGUUACCAUGCAUGCAUGAGUUCCAUUUUCAUUGUAUUGAUCGGUGGCUUUUUGAAAAUUCCACUUGCCCAAUUUGUCGGCAACCUGUAGUAACUUAAUAUCGCAGGCAGUAGAAGAAUCCUCAAAUCCAGAGGCCUCUUUUUUUUUUCUUUUAACUGACUUUGAAUAAUAAAAGAGGGUGUUUUAAAUAUGUUUAAAGUAAGAGAAAAUCUGAUGGUUUGCUAAGGAUCGACCUAACCUCCAAGUACAGAUAUAAGAGGUAUAAGAGUAAAUAUUCAAAUUACCUUAAUGAAAUUAUAUUUUUCUAUAUAAUUUUGUUAUGCAUAGCACUUGUGUAAUUCAGGAGCUUAUGUUAUUAAUAGCAUACUUUUUAUUGAGAUUUCCAUUUGUUUUCUGCAGUUAUAAAGUAAUGUUAUUGCUCUAUUAAUAAUCCCCCUUUUAAGUUGCCAAAGAACGAAGAUUGGAGCAUCUGGCAAAAAGGUACUUGCUAUUUGAAGUGCUUUUCAUAUACAAUGUAUAUUUUUAUGGACUACACUGAACAUUUGGCUUUAUUUAUUUGUUUUAUAGAAGUAUUGCAUGCUUUUUAUACAGUUUCUCAUUGACACAUUAAGGUUUAAAUCUUAAGACCAAUUGAAAUUCAAUUCACUCGACUGAUUUGGGCAGUCCGUAUUUUAGCAUAUACAGGCAUAAGGUUAGAGUGGAUGAUUGCUAAUCCUUACUCGCCACUUCUCUAGUCAGUUCAGAACAUUCAGAAAGGAGUGUAUAUUUAAUAUGGCCUUGCAACACUUUGGAUACAAAAGGAAAAUGAUGCUUUGGAAUGUUGCAGGAAUGUUCAUGUGACCCUAGGCAACUUCUUGAAAGUGUAGUGUCUUUUCUUUGGCCAUACACCCAUCUUCGUUCCAGAUUAGCAUAAUCACAGUUUAGCCUUGGGAAAGAGGCUUUAGUUAAAAGAGUUGUCAAAAGAUGACUGAUACCCAAGCGCAGCACUGUGUUCCUUUCAAAUCCAAAGCACUGCACACCCAACAUAUUUAAUGCAUUUGACACACAUGAAGACAGACUAAUUUUAAAAGAAUUUUAAUUUGUACAUGAACAAGGGCAACAAUCAUACUUCCUUAACACCAUGCAUGGUUCCUUUUUUAUAAGCAACACUAUCAGUUUGCUGUGAACAAAAAGCAUGUAAUUAUUAUAUUAAAAUGGAGAAUUUCCAGAGGAUUUUGUUAAGAGAGAAUGUACUGUAAGAUAUCAGAAACAUCUGUAUUCUUGGGUUGAAAGCAUAUUAUAUCAAUACCUGAUAAAUAAAACUACAAAAAUGGAAAAGUUGUGAAUCAUUUAUGUCAUCUAAAAUAUGAGUGACAACAUUGAGGUAUUGCUUGUUCCUUUCUUGCAGCUAGUUGAACCUGUUGAGCUUGGUUUGUAGUAAAUAGCUUAAAGACAAGUGUAUAUCAAUUAAUUUUAGAAUAUCUUGUAUGUUGUUUCCCCAUAGAAUGGGUUGAACAGUCUAGGGAGCCACAGCAUUUCCUGAAAUAAUUUUUCUCUUGCAGUAGUACAUAUGGUAUCUUUUUGAUCACAGUAAACAUGGACAAGCAGUCCACUCCAGAUGUUAAAAUGAUAAAAUGCAAUAGCACUUAAACUUACAUACUACUUUGUAGGGCUUUACACUAUGUGUGGAUCACAGGUGGUCUUUCCUUUUUCUCUCCUUUCUUAUAUCCAACAAAAAUAUUGUUCAGUGGAUCUCCUUUUAUUGUUUCCUCAAUUUAAAAAACCCUAAACAAAUGUUUCCUGUUCUUUAUCUAUAUUGCUCUCUAGCGUCAACAAACAACAGAAUAUUAAACCAGAAUACAAAGUAGAACACAGAAAUCUGUAUUUGGUAGGUAGUCCUUGAAUUAGAACCAAAACUGAGCCUGGAAUUUUGGUUGUAAGUCAUUAAGGUUGUUGAACAUGUAACCUGACUCAAUUUUACAAUAGUUUUUGCAAUGUUAUUAAGCAAGUCACUGGUGGUUAAGCAAAUCACAUGGUUGUUUAAUGUUGUUAAGUGAAUCCAGCAUAUCCAAUGGGCAUUUUUGUUAUUCUCUAAUGCAAAACAUUAAAAAAGUUGCAAAUUUCAGUCACACAAUCAUGAUUGCUAAGUGAUCACGGGAUGUAUGUGUGUG